GAUACCAUUUUUUUCUUUUUUUGGGAGAGAUGAUGGAUGGAUGGAUGGAUGGUUAAAUUCGGCGGUGUCCUCCGAAACACCUCUAAUCUUCUGCUCUAACAAGAGUUUGGAGCAGCGGCAUCCCAAUUCCCAGUGAUUCUUACAAGAAAUCCCGAUGCCACUUGAAGAAGUUUAGGGAAAUUCAAGGAGCUUAGGCUAAUUUCUUUUAUGUAUAUAUACAAAACAAAAGAGAGAUAACAUCUAGUAUUAGAGUAGUUUGGGGAAAUUAAUCGAGGGAUAUCUCUUUUUAUUGUAAUUGUAGGGAUUUUAGAAUCAAUUACUGCUAAGGUUGCAAUGAAGAGCCGAUCACAUAGGCUACCGGUCGAUCCACGACAUGAGUGGGUGGAGGAGGAGGAGUCGUGGACGGUGGACUGCGUCUGCGGCGUCAAUUUUGAUGAUGGGGAAGAGAUGGUUAAUUGCGACGAGUGCGGAGUCUGGGUACACACCCGCUGCUCCCGCUACGUCAAGACUGAAAAAUCAUUUGUCUGUGACAAGUGUAAGAAGAGCAAGAACAAUCACCCCCACCACCAUGCUACUAGUACUGAUAAUGAUUACUACAAUAAUAGUUUUAGGAAUGAUAGCGAGGAGACUGAGGUCGCCCAACUCCUUGUUGAGUUGCCCACUAAGACUUUGAGGAUGGAUAAUCAUUGUCCGCCCCCUCUCCCCUCCUCCUAUAAGCCUUCCCCUUUCCCCCCUCCCCGCAGGCCCUUUAGGCUCUGGACUGACAUUCCUAUGCAAGACAGGGUUCAUGUCCAAGGGAUCCCCGGUGGGGAUCCUACUCUGUUUUCUGGCUUGUCCUCUGUCUUUGGGCCCCAUUUGUGGAAAUGUACUGGUUAUGUUCCCAAGAAGUUCAAUUUUAGGUACAGAGAGUUUCCGUCUUGGGAUGAGGAGGAGGAGGAGGAUGUGGAGAAAGACGUUAACGCUAACAUUGAUGAUGGAGGAGAGCCUCGUAUUAUUGCUGAUAACGGCAUGGCUGAUUUGUUCUCCUUGUCGAGAGAGCACCUUUUGCCUGUUCCAAAGGUUGAGUCAGUUGGUCUAGACGGCCAGGCUGAAGAUGGUGAGGCUGAUAAGCUGGUGAUGUCCCCUAAACAAAUCACUAUGUUGGAGGGUCAUAUAAACUUGGAUGUUUCCACACCAGAGAAUGAGCCUAAGAAGGAUAGAAGCUUGCUACAGGCUCCUGUGAUACACUUUUCCAAGCGCAAGAAGGACGAUGUCACUAAUCCAAAGGAUAAAAGCGGGAAGAAGAAGGCUCGGAUUAUGGAAAAAGAUGGAGACUUUAAGAAGAAAUGUUUACACACUCCUGGAACAGCUUCGACAAACGCAAGUGAUGCAAAACAAUCACAAAUAUCUGAAGAAAGAGGCCCUAAGAACAUUCAAGCGGAUCCUCAAAGUGGUAAUAGUGGAAACUCAAGUCACUCGCCCCCUGGCCUCCAAUUAUCACAUGAAUUCGGGAUAGUAGACUAUGUUGUUGAUGCUCACAAAUCUAAUUUGGGUUCAAGUGAGAGUGGUUCAGCAAAAUUAUCUUUUGAUGCACCUCGACAUAGUUCCUCAAGUAUACCAAUGCCCAAGGAUGCAAAUGGUGGACAGCAACUUACUGUGAAGUUGGAGGGUUCUUCAAAAACUAUGGGUAGUGCAGCCUCACUUUCAGGAAACAACGAUUCUGGGGGAGUCCCUGUAAAACAAGAGGUUUCCAUUCGUACUGCUGUCAGUCCAAAUGAAUUUGGAGGGGAGUUAACAACUAAGGUUGUGAUGGACUUGCAGAUGUCAAGCCCACAUCCUGCAGACUUGGCAACUGCCCAGCCCAAAACUGAGGUUAAUGAAAAUGCUCCGGAUUCAAGCCUUAAUACAGUCUCUAGUUGUUCAGAGGUACAUGCUAAAGUCAAAAGCGAACUAGCUGAUACUCAUAGAAACAUUCAGCCACCACCUCUAUAUGAUGCUAAAUUGGGUGCAUCAGGAACCUUAGUCAAAUCUAAAGUGGUAUCUGCUGAUUGUUCAUCUGAAAAUGUUGUAGUUAGUGAUGUUACGAUUACUGAUUCUGAGGUCAGCAAAAGAAAGAUGGAGGAUGUUGUCAAAAGAUCAGAUGAUGUUGAUAUUCGAAAAGAUAGAGUAGAUAGGGUUGAUGGUGAAUCACCGCUUAACUCUUGUCCAUCUAAUCAUGAUUAUGCAGGCUUGGAUAGUUCUUUUGAAUCAAAGAAAAUCUUGGAAGGAUUCAGUUCGAAUUCUGGUGUUGAGCUUUCUAAACCUGGUCUCACAGUUGUAAGUCCUAGAGUUAAUGCUAGCGAGGGUAAAACCAUAGCGUCUGUAGGGAACUUGUCUCCAGCUUCAUCAACAUUUGCAAUGCCAAAAUCCUUUGCUUCUGAGAAUUGCAUCAGUGCAAGUAACCAAAAUCACAAUAUGGAUAGUAAGCAGAAGGGGAUUCCUGAGAGCAAUCUUGCUGGCAACCAGGGCAAUGGUGGUGCUACAAUUGAGGUAGUUAAGGAUAAAGGGGGGCAUGAAAGGACAAGGAAAUUAGUGAAAGAGCUACCAAAAUCCGCUCUUGGUUCUGUGUCAAAAUCAUCACAGUUGAAAAAGUUUUCACAUCCCUCAGUUUCAAAAAGGACAUCGCCUGAUAUAAAGGAUUCAAUGCUUCAUUCUUCUGCCCAACCAUCGCCAUUGCAUCAUAUUGCUACGAACACUGGAUCGGAGCUGACUAAUGUGGUGCACAUUGAGAACGCUUCAGACACAGAAAAGAUGUCUAGUAUGCUACAAACUGAGACUGCUUCAAGCAUGCAAAAGAAAGUUCCAGGUUCUGUUUCUUCGCAGAAGGUUGAAAAGAUUAGCCCUUCUAUGGCCCAAUCUUUAUCAAAAGUGAACACAACUCUAACACAUGCAGCUACAUCUUCAAACUCUCCUGCAACACUAAGUGACGAAGAGCUGGCUCUGUUGUUGCAUCAAGAACUUAACAGUUCUCCUAGAGUUCCUCGGGUACCGCGCAUGCGUCAUGCUGGUAGUUUACCUCAGUUGACAUCGCCAACUGCUACAAGCACACUAAUGAAGCGAACAUCUAGUACCGGAGGAAAAGAUCAUGUUUUGACUUCUAGAAGAAAAACCAAAGAUCUAGCUAAAGAUGGUUCCCAUGGUUCUCGGGAGAUGGAUGACGAAGCUAAGAAGAUGGAGAGAGUCUCUUCUUCACUUGAUCAUGGUAGGCAAGAUUCAGCAUUUGCCUCUGAUCCUGUUGGCAAGAAAGAAGCAGAGAGAGAAUCAGCCAAUGGUGUGUACUCUACAAAGAAGAGUAAUGCACCAUCUGGAGCUACUGCAGCUGGUGAUUUAUCUUCUCCUGCUGAAGGAAAUGAACAUAAUUUGUUGUCCACUCGGCAUUCUUCUAGAACUCCCAUUGAUGAUGAGAAAGGAGUUGUUGGACACCAUACCCACCGCACUUUGCCUGGUUUGCUUGCUGAGAUUAUGAGCAAAGGUCAACGCAUGACAUAUGAAGAACUCUGCAAUGCAGUUCUACCGCAUUGGCCUAACCUGCGGAAGCACAAUGGAGAGCGAUAUGCAUACUCAAGUCACUCACAAGCUGUUCUUGAUUGCCUUAGAAACCGAAAUGAAUGGGCUCGCUUAGUUGAUCGUGGUCCCAAGACAAGUGGAGGCAGGAGAAAACGCAAGCUUGGUGCUGAUCAUGCUGAUGUUGAUUCAGAGGAUAACGAUGAUAGCAGGGAGCAGACUGCAAAAGAUACCAGAAGUAAAACUGUUGAGUCGCAUCAUGAGGAAUUCCCAAAGGGCAAGCGGAAAGCACGAAAGCGCAGGCGGUUAGCUCUGCAAGGGAGAGGUAUCAAGGAUGUUAGGCGGCGGAGGAGGACAGAUGAACUCAGUGAUGAUGAAGUUGGUUCACUUUCCGAGUCGAGUGAGGAAACCAUGUGCAGUGAAGAUGAGAUGCAAGGAUGUCGGAUGUCUGCAUCUGGUAAUGAGGUGCCUACUGGCUCGGACGGGACAGGCAACACUUAAACUCAUGUUUCUGUCUUGUGCUAUUGUGCCAUGCGUUUAAGGGAAUGCUUCCAUCUGAUGAUGUUGAGAAACGAGAGGGACGACCCUUGCUGUUAGGCCAAGUGCUGUGAAAUUAUUUUUUUUUUUGCCCUCUGUGUAAAUAUGUAAAUCCUUUUUAAGUGGUUGGCUCUUUAGUUGCAUUCAGUGUGUUCUUAAAGAGUAGCAAGCGUAUUCAACAACUUUUAAGUACCUUUUGGGUGAGUGCUGUAGUGUGGUCUCUUGAUGUCCCUUGCCGGCAGAUGGGGGGCAUGGCUAUGAUUGUUAGGUUGAUAAGAGUAGUUUGUAAGGUUUAUAAAUUCCAUUGUCUAACAUUUGCCAAGCGGGCGAUCGAUCUUUAUGAAUCUUAACGCGUAGGCAGAAGGUUUGGAA